AUGUUGCGAGUCUGCCAGAAACUUCGCGCUGCGGACGCCAGGAGUAAGAGACACGGACUAGUGCGUGCCGAGACAGACUACCUCCGUGCCCUGCAGGACGCCAUGGCGGACAUGGACAGGUGUGCGGAAGUGGAGGUGCUCAAAACUCUGGGCGACGUGAACUUGGAAAAGGGAAGACUCGAGAAGAACCCAGAGAUAUUUGACCGAGCCAUGGUGCUGUACAGGACCGCACUGCUUCGGUGUAAAGACGCAGGUGUGGGAGACAGUCUAGAACACCGUUACCACUAUGCAGAAAAACUAAGGUUAGGGAAGGGAUCAACCGCUACAAGUAGUUACGAGCCCCUUUCUAACGCUAAGAGAAUGUCUUCUCUCGCUAAAGUAGCCGAGAAGUUCCAACACCUGGACAGAAGAUUGACUGUUGGUGGCAACGAAAAGUCUUUACUGAUAGAAUAUACCAAGUUAGUAAUAGAAGGGAUCGUAAACGACGACAACACGUUAGAGGUGGAAGCGAUCAAGAGUGUCGGUGACGUGUACCUGAAAAGAGGAACAGAAACUAGAGACGCGCCAUGUUUGACUAAGGCCACUGCUCUGUACAACACUGCACUGGCGCGGUGUGAGAGGGUCCAGGGUAAAGUGAGUCGUAGGUACAGAGUACAACAACAACAGGGUCACGUGCGGCCACGGGACUUCCCAGGGACGUCACCCAACGCUGAUGUCAUCGGUGACUCAAAAGGUCGACGGUCUGAUAAGUCUUACCAGGAGCACCUGGCUACAGGGGACCGCGCACUGGCUGAUGGGAAGCUGGACGUGGCAGAACAGAACUUUGCAUCUGCGCUCAGACUGAUUCACGAUCCUAAUAAACCCGAUCGGUGUAAAGAGGCGGACUGCCUGUGCAGACUAGGAGACGUCUACGUCCAGCGAGGCAAGAGAACAAAAGAAGGUAGGAAAUUCACACAGGCAGCAGCUCUGUACAACGCAGCCAUGGCAAGAACAGACGAAAUAAAACACAGUGUGACAAGAAAACUGAAGGAAAUAGAGACAUGGUUUCUCCAUUACACAGCAAAUGUGGAAACCAAAUCUGUUCCUUCUGAUUCGGCCACGCGUCAUAAGAAGCGGUUAGAAGAGAUGCGUACGCGUGCUAAGUCAGAACUAGACGCCAUCAGUCAGCAACACAAUCCGUACCAAUAUGACGAGGAUGAUCCAGUUAUGAUUACGGUCGAGGCUGAGAGAGCUGAAGCAGUCAAGGCUCUAUUCAAGAACAUCGCCAAGGAUAGACAGCUGUUUAUCCAGGACCUUGUUGAUGAGUGUAUUGCCACACUCGGUCCUCCUCCAUGUAAGUACGCUUUCAUCGGGUUGGGCUCACAGGCCACAGAACUGGUCACGCCGUACUCCGACCUGGAGUUCGCCAUUCUGAUUGAGGAUGGGAAGGACAAUGACGUCACCAGGCGGUACUUCAUCAACCUCACACACUUCCUACACCUGAAAGUCAUCAACCUCGGAGAGACAAUUCUCCCAUCAAUGGCAAUCCCCUCAUUGAACGAUUUUCCAGAGAAAGACUGGUUCUUUGACUCCGUCACCCCGCGUGGGUUUGCCUUAGACGGCUUCAUGCCAUGGGCUAGUAAGACUCCGUUUGGAAGAGACCAGACCAAGACCAAGCCUCCCGUCAGCCUUAUCCAGACCCCUGCGGAAAUGGCAAAGUUUCAGCGGCGAGACGUUUCUGUGGCAGAAGGGUAUCACCUGUCCGACAUCCUCAGACGAGUUGUUCUCUUAGCAGGAGAAGAGGCACUCGUGACCGAUUACAUGACAAAAAUCAGGGAAAUCACUACGGGUGAUCUACUCUCGCGUCUCCAGUCCCGUCUGUCUGCUGUACAGAUUUUGCAGGAUCACAGGGAGCAGCUUUCUACCCUCGAGCCAACCGGACAACUGAUAAAUGUCAAGAAAGACAUCUAUCGUUUUCCGGGUGUAGCCAUUGAAGUACUGGCCUUGUGCUGUCAGAUCACCCUCGCUAGCACGUGGAGUGUGAUAGAUGAAUUAAAAGAAACGGGGAAGAUCCAUGAAGAGAAUGCCGCCCACCUUAGAGUACUGACCAGCAUCUCGGCAGAGCUCCGGUUAAGAACUUACUUGAAUAACAGGGGACAACAAGACAGUAUGUCCCCUCUUACCCAGAUGAAAUACCAGUCAAAACCGCAAGAGGUCUCUGACACUACCCUGAGUUCAGUACUCCAAAUUCCAAACAUACAAGUUCUUUUUAGAUACUAUUGCAGGGCAAUCCCUUUGAAGAAAUGUAUGCCAGACAGUUUGCAGGGUAAACCGGAAAGUGUGCUGAAAACGACAAUCUUCGACAUCUCCCAUGAAUGUAGAGGUCGAAUAUCUAAUAACCUGUGUCUUUUCUGGAGAGCCAAACACCAUCUGGAAACAGCAUUAGCGGACGCCGGCAGCGACAUGAUCAAGCGUUCGGCAAUACUUGAAGAACUGGGGACUCUCUGGGCCUUUUUUGAUGAUAUCAAAACAGGAGUUAGUGUCUUUGAAGAGUCACUUAGGGUGCGUAAAACUAUCUAUGGAGACAACACGGCACAUCCGGAUAUUGCCGCGUCACUACACAACCUUGGAUGGUCUUGGAGUGAACUCGGUGAUAGCAAGAAAGCUAUAAGCUACUUCGAACAGUCACUGUCGAUGCAGAAAACUAUCUAUGGAGACAACACGGUACAUCCGGACAUUGCCGCGUCACUAAACAACCUUGGAUCGUCUUGGGGUGAACUUGGUGAAAACAGGAAAGCUAUCGGCUACUUCAAACAGUCACUAUCGAUGAGGAAAACUAUCUAUGGAGACAGCACGGCACAUCCGGACAUUGCCGGCUUACUAAACAACAUUGGAUCGUCUUGGACCAAACUCGUGGAUUACAGGAAAGCUAUCGGCUACUUCAAACAGUCACUAUCGAUGCAGAAAACUAUCUAUGGAGACAACACGGCACAUCCGGACAUUGCCGGGUCACUAAACAACCUUGGAUUGUCUUGGCGUAACCUCGGUGAUAACAGGAAAGCUAUCGGCUACUACCAACAGUCACUAUCGAUGAGGAAAACUAUCUAUGGAGACAACACGGUACAUCCGGACAUUGCCGCGUCACUACACAACCUUGGGUCAUCUUGGGGUGAACUUGGUGAUAACAAGAAAGCUAUCGGCUACUACCAACAGUCACUAUCGAUGAAGAAAACUAUCUAUGGAGACAACACGGCACAUCCGGACAUUGCCGAGUCACUAAACAACCUUGGAUCGUCUUUGAGCAAACUCGGUGAUCACAAGAAAGCUAUCGGCUACUUCCAACAGUCACUAUCGACGAGGAAAACUAUCUAUGGUCACAACACGGCACAUCCGGACAUUGCCCAGUCACUAAACAACCUUGGAUUGUCUUGGACACAACUCGGUGAUCACAGGAAAGCUAUCAGCUACUACCAACAGUCACUAUCGAUGAAGAAAACUAUCUAUGGAGACAACACGGCACAUCCGGACAUUGCAGCCUCACUAAACAACAUUGGAUCGUCUUGGUUUGAACUUGGUGAUAGCAAGAAAGCUAUCAGUUACUUCGAAAAGUCACUAUCGAUGAGGAAAAUUAUCUACGGAGACAACACGGCACAUUCGGAUAUUGCCGCGUCACUAAACAACAUUGGAUUGUCUUGGUGUGAACUUGGUGAUAGCAAGAAAGCUAUCAGUUACUUCGAACAGUCACUAUCGAUGAUGAAAACUAUCUAUGGAGACAACACGGCACAUCCGGACAUUGCCGCGUCACUACACAACAUUGGAUUGUCUUGGAGUAACCUCGGUGAUCACAAGAAAGCUAUCAACUACUUCAUGCAGUCACUAUCGAUGAUGAAAACCAUUUAUGGAGACAACGCGGCACAUCCACACAUUGCCUCGUCACUAAACAACCUGCAAUUAGCAUGGACUAACAUUGGUGAUCACCAGAGAGCGAUGGAGUACUGGCAACAAUUACAGAAUAUGCAGAGGGCUUUUGAUAUGCGAAGCUCGUUAUGGAUCUAAACCAAAUUGUAAGCAAUCGGGCGUGAAUGAGAAUUUUUUUGUAAUUGUAAAAAUGAAAUAGAAUGUGACAACAUACCCCUUAUAUGUUAAUCAUGUAUAACGAUCAAGUAUUUAAUUAAACAAUACCAUGGAAUCACGGUAUAUUCUAUACCCCAGAUAUUGUUUUGUGCUGCUUGAAGAAUGUUUUACUGAAAUCUUCCCUCCACAGUUUAUCUUCGUCUUUCACCAAACGUCCAAAAGAUUUUAAUGCAGUUCGUCUUACACAAAACGUCAAAACAAUUUUAAUGCAGACUUUUGGUAAUGUAACGUUAUAGUGAUUUUUCUGUCAGUUGACGAAUAAAUUCAUUUGGAGUGGUUCGAUAUUUCAGUACGCGAAAAAUGCUACCUACACAUAAGGGACCUGUCCAACAUGUCUGAGUAGAACCCGAAAGUGACGUCACAGGGCAUGGCAAGUAAAGGCACAAGGUGGGCGUGGCACUUUAUGAACUUUCUGGAUAGUUUCAAAGAACGCUUGCAGAUGUGCAAAAGUUAGGUGUUACGGGUCUUUCAGUGUAAUAUAAACAGCUGCUGCCGCGCCGCGUGCC